AUGUCCUCGGAUCAGAAGACAACAACGUCGAUUGCAUCAACUGAUGCUGCGCCAGUAUUUCAACUUAAUCAAAAAAAGUUAAAAGAACUUGCUGAAAAUGCCAAUGCAAUUAAAAUCGGUGGCAAAGGUACAGCUCGUCGGAAAAAGAAAAUUAUUCAUCGCCCAGCUAAUGCUGACGAUAAGAAAUUACAAAGUUCAUUGAAAAAACUUGCUGCUAAUAAUAUUCAAGGCAUUGAAGAGGUUAACAUGUUUAAAGACAAUGGUGAAGUCAUACAUUUUUCAAAUCCUAAAGUACAAGCCUCGCUUAGUUCAAACACUUUUGCUAUAAGCGGCCAUUCGGACACAAAAUCUCUACAAGAGAUGUUACCGACGAUUAUGUCCCAAAUGGGUAUGUCAACCGAUAAUGUUUUAGCAAGCGAAGCAGGUCGACGUAAAUUUCCAACACACAAUGAUCAACAACAAUCAGGUAAUGAACAAAGUGAGCAAACAGGUGCUGAUGCUGAUGAUGAAGUACCCGAUCUUGUUGAAAAUUUUGACGAUGUAUCAAAUUCAAAGUGA